AUGAUGGCAGAAUCUGAUACGACUGUUGAAGCUACUAGAAGAUUGAAUGUUAAAAAACAAACCUUGGACGAUGCUUAUGCAGCACCUGCAAAUUUUCUCGAAAUCGAUGUUGUUAAUCCAGUUACAACAAUAGGUGUAGGCAAGAAAAGAUUCACAGAUUAUGAAGUUAAAAUGAGAACGAAUUUACCUGUCUUCAAGGUGAAAGAAUCCAGCGUCAGAAGGAGGUACAGCGAUUUUGAGUGGUUGAGGAAUGAGCUUGAGCGUGAUAGUAAAAUUGUGGUGCCCCCUUUGCCUGGAAAGGCUUGGAAAAGGCAGUUACCCUUCCGAGGAGAUGAUGGUAUUUUCGAGGAGGAAUUCAUUGAAGAUCGUAGAAAAGGAUUAGAAGUUUUCAUCAACAAAAUUGCUGGUCAUCCUCUUGCCCAAAACGAAAGGUGUCUGCAUAUGUUUUUGCAAGAACCGCAAAUCGAUAAGAACUAUGUUCCUGGAAAAAUUCGCACAACAUAA